CUGCUACCUAAGUUGCCCACAUUUUGUAUACUUUAGUGUAGAAUUUCUUUUGAUUUUAUCCUGAUGAAGGUCAUUAUAUGACCGAAACCGGGUCUGAAGGCGAAAAUAAAUCCAAUGAACCAGGCUUGGUAUAGCAUCCACACAUAUUGUCAGCUGUACAAACUACUUCAGAAAGGUCAGCAACUUCAAGAUUGGGUAAACUUAUCAAACAAGAUGGCCAUGAUGGCCCUAUAUCGCGCACCUGUUACCACUGCACUUGAGGACAAAAUCAAUAUCUAAGUCCAAAGGACAGGAACAACAAAGGGAAGAAAUUUAACCAAAAAGAAAAAAAAAAUUCUUACAAGGUACAGAUAUAUCAAAAUACACCUAAAAAUUGGUGGUACCAUCCAUGUUGUACCACAGAAAAGUGGUCUUGAUUUUUCCCUACGGCCAGUAAUAAAAAAGUUACUAAAAAUAAGCUAUUUAUAGUAAUGUCAAAGGGAAGUAAUUAAAAAAAAUUAUAGUAAGUGAACAAAAGAAGGAUAUGCCAAAUAAAACUGUUGACAUAAAUGAAAUUUCCGAUAGGUAUUUUUAUUAGUUAUGGAGAUAUACCCAUUAUAAUUUAAAAUAAAGGGAGGUAAUUUGAUAUAAAAUCAGUUCAUAGUUAUCUACCCUGAUUGGCUCAGUCAAACUAAUGACAAUAAUGAAAUUUCAAACAAGUCCUAUAAGGACUUACUGAUAUAAAUCCAUUUUGAUUACAAUCAGGGGAGGUAAUCAGAUAAAAAAAAAAACUCUGGAACCUACGAUUGGAUCUGAUUUGUCAUGGAAUCCAAGAUUUAUUGCUGUUGAAGAUAUUUUGCAAGUUUGUAUCAAAUAAAACCAUAAAAGAAGUCUCUAUAUGGCUGCAAAAGCCAAAUAGCCAAUUUUGGACCUUUAAGGGGCCAUAACUCUGGAACCCAUCAUGGAAUCUUGGCAGUUAAAGAAAGGAACCGAGAUCUUAUGGUGAUACAAGUUGUGUGCAAGUUUGGUUAAAAUAAAAUCAUAAAUGAAGCUGCUAUUGUGCAGACAAGGUCAAAAUAGAUAAUUUUGGCCCUUUCAGGGGCCAUAACUCUGGAACCCAUAAAGGAAUCUGGCCAGUUCAAGAAAGGAACCAAGAUCUUAUGGUGAUACAAGUUGUGUGCCAGUUUGGUAAAAAUCAAAUCCUAAAUAAAGCUGCUAUUGUGCAGACAAGGUCAAAAUAGCUAAUUUUGGACCUUUCAGGGGCCAUAACUCUGGAACCCAUUAUGGGAUCUGGCCAGUUCAAGAAAGGAACUGAGAUCUUAUGGUGAUACAAGUUGUGUGCAAGUUUGGUUAAAAUAAAAUCAUAAAUGAAACCACUAUCGUGCAGACAAGAAAUUGUUGACGCACGGACGGACGGACGCACGGAUGGACGAAGGGUGAUCACAAAAGCUCACCUUGUCACUAUGUGACAGGUGAGCUAAAUAGUAUCAUAUAAAGUAUUUAUAUUAAAAAAAAAAUCCAUGCAAGUCCACAUAAAACUCUACGAGGUAGAGAUAGGUCAAAAUACACCUAAAAAUUGGAUGUAAUAUGCAUGUUGUACCACAGAAAACUGCUCUCAAUUUUUCCCUACAACCUGAAAUAAAUAAGUUACAAUAUAAGCUAUUUAUAGUAAACCAAAGAGACAUGAUUCUAACGAGGGCCAUGAUGGCCAUAUAUCACUCACCUGAGUACCAUUGCUUUAACCAAAAAGAAAAAAAAAAUCAUACAAGGUACAGAUAUGUCAAAAUACACCUAAAAAUUGGAGGUACCAUCCAUGUUGUAUCACAGAAAAGUGGUCUUGGUUUUUCCCUACGGCCAAUAAUAAAAAAAUUACUAAAUAAGCUAUUUAUAGUAACAUAAAAGGGAAGUAAUUAAAAAAAAUUAUUGGAAGUGAACAAAAGAAGGAUCUGCCAAAUAACAAGGCUUAUUGCUUUAUGCUAUAAUGCCAGUUUAUUUCAGUAGAGCUGAGUGCUUCAAGGGAGGAAACCAUUGCUACCAUUAAUUAUUAGUUUAGGCAUGGUUUUCUCCCUUUGUAAUUUUAUAAACAGGAAGUACCUCAAAAGUUAUCUCCCUUUCAAAACAAACAAGGUCGAAUUUUUUAAAAAAAAUUAAAAAUCAACGUAAUCCUGUGUAAAGAAGAUGCCAGGUACAGGGAAACCCAAGUCUAGAAAGAGACAGAACACUGUCAGUGUGAUAGAAGCUGAAAGUUUGUCUUCAAUGGAGCAGGAGCCUGAAAGAUUGAACAUUUUGGGCAGCUCAACUCAGAGGGGUAAAAAUAAAAUAAUUGAUUUUGAGAAACUUAUCCAGGAAUCUUUAGAAUUGACACCCCCAUGUUCAAAUAUUGAUAAUGCCACCCCUGAUAAUAUCUAUCCUAUUGAAUCUAGAAAUACAAUUCAAAAUUUAGAUCUGGGUGUUCCAGAAAGGAUGAGGUGUGGCGGGGAUAAUUUGGGUUGCCAUGUCCCUGAACCAAUCCAAACCAAAAUCAAACAACAUGAAUAUGUGAAUCUGUCUUUACUAUUAAAAGGUGGUAUUGAACUGGCUAAUUUGCAAGAUAAUUGUUUUCUUGGGGUGGAUGAAGAUGGCCACUUGGUAACAAAGCCUAAGGCAUGUUCUGAAAAAAAUACAUCAAUUGAAAUAUGGUCAGAUGCUUUUUUAAUAUUUAGUAGCAUUUACUUGAGUGCACAUCCAGAACAAACUCAAGACUUACUACAAUAUAUGUUUAUUAUCCGUGAAGCUGCUGGCAAAUAUAAAGGUGAUUUUUGGCAGGUAUAUGAUGAACAGUUUCGUUUACGCCAAGCCUCUCAAUUCAUGCCAUGGUCAUCAAUAAACUCAGAUCUUUGGCUGAGAUGUUUCUCUGGUGCUGGUAAUCCACCCCUAGCGACAAGGGCACCCGCUCACUCCAAACCACCACCAUGCAUUGACUUUAACAAAGGGUUUUGCAAGUGGGUUAAUUGUCGCUAUAAUCAUGUAUGUUCUAUAUGCUAUGCACCACAGCAUGGCCUUUGGAAUUGUCCAAAUCCCCACUAACAAGGUAUCAGUUUUCUGCAGUCCUCACCAGAGCCUGUCGACAGGCAGGUUUUCAUUCACACAUGUUUAAAACUCAUAGUUUUCGCAUUGGCCGUGCAACUGAUUUGGCAAUAAAUGGAUACCCUGCGGAUCUAAUAAAGCAAAUGGGUCGUUGGUCCUCUGACUGUUACUCCAGGUAUAUAAGACUUUGAAACCCAUAACGUUUUGUAAACUAAGAUAUCAAACAUCACUUGAUGUAU